AUUACAGUUAGUACGUUAAAAAUUCUACAACCUCACCAUAUAAACAAAAUAUUUUCCACUUUACGCACUGGUGAUCAAGCUCAUUUUGAAUUCGAGUUGCAAAAUUGGAAAAAAACAUUUGGAUAUGAACGCGGAAAUAACAUGGAACUUAAAAAUGUCGUCAACUCUUCGAAAACAAAUAUUAAGCGCAGUUUACUUUCCGUUUCUGAUAUCCUUUCCAGCACCAAAAGUGGUCUAGAAAUUCUCAAAUAUUAUGAAAAAAAUCAGAUCCUUCAAGAAGAACACCGGACUUUACUAAUAAGCACAAUCACGAAGUAUUUAGACAUAAAUGGCUACGAUUUUUCUCUUUCUGAAUGUGCCGAGUUGGAAAAACAAAUUUGCAGCAUAUUUCCAUCUGAAGAGCUGGCAUUCUAUACUAACGGUAAAAGGGGGAAAAUAUAUAACAAGUUGGCAAAUUUAAAACGAAUGUCAAAAGAACUAUUUAAGCAGCCAGAAUCUUCUCCAGAUGAAAACUUGCAAUGUGAAACGUCAGAAAAUUAUGCACUUUUGGUUCAAACUCUUAGAAGCGAUAAAAUAAGUGCAGAUGAGUAUGACCUCUAUUGGAGAAAGUGUGCUCCACUUCGUUUUAAGCAAAUCGCAGAUUCUAAAACGACGUCAGAAAUACUUCAUUUGUGGCCAGAGUAUACAAAACCGUCAGCUUCUCAAUUUAUUAAUAUAGAUUUCACAUUGAAGUAUCCAACGGCAAAAUGUUUGAAAGACAGAUGGUCCCUGCUUGAAGAUAGUAUCUUAAAUACAUUAAAAAACAAAUCUGGGUGCUCUGUACUCCUCAAAGAUCUACAAAAAGCCGAAACGAACAAUGAAGAAUCCAAAAUGUUUACCAUACUUUGGCACGCGCACAAACUUUUCCCUCCUCAACAAGCUUUUACCACCACUCCAAGUGGAGAAAAAAUUAGAAAGAGAUUUUCUGUAGCUGAUUCACAGGAAAGCUUUGCAGUUCUUGCAACAUCCAAUGAGGAGUUGGAAACCAAAUUAAAACUUCUCCAGUUGCAAGGACGUAGAAUUCAGCCUAGACUACUAAUCAUUGGUGAUAUAUAUAAUAUAAAAACCAUUUAUGUUUAUUUUGAUAAACUAAAAUUCCCAUUUUUAACCUUUUUAAAUGCUUUUGAUAAUUUGUUUAAGUUAUUUUUUGUAUUUAAUGUGGAAUUCCCACAAGAAUCAGAAGUUUUUUAUAGUUUUGUGCAGUCAGUAUUGUAUGAUUUGCCAACAUCAAAAAAAUUUACAAGAGUUUCUGCCUUAAAACAUGAAAUUUUAAAAAUAUAAAAUUUUCUUUAAAACU